AUGGAUAAACUGUGUAUUCGAUCAUACAUAAAAACUCGCCUUUUAUUAGGCUUAAAUGCAAUACAAAUCUAUGAUGAAUUAGUUACUGCUUAUGGACCAGAUGUAGUUUCAUAUCGUGCAGUUGCUCGAUGGGUUCAACGAUUUUCAACAGAACAGCAGUCCUUGGAAGAUAAUCCUCGAAGUGGCCGUCCAGUAACCGUCAUUACUCAACAGAAUAUUGAUUCUGUCAAGGAUUUGGUGAAUGAUGACCCACAUAUUAGUAUCGAUUACAUAGCAAUGAUCUUGGAUAUAUCGCAUGGAAGUGUGCAUACCAUUCUUAAACAACAUCUUGGAUUAAGAAAAAUAACAUCAAGAUGGGUACCCCAUGCACUAACUGAACAACAAAAACAACGACGUGUUGAGAUUUGUACUGAAAAUUUGAGAAAAUUCGAAAAUGGUUCCUGGAGACUAUGUGAUAUAGUGACAGGAGAUGAAACAUGGAUCUAUCAUCGAAAAAUUAAAGCAAAAGAACAAUGCAAAGUAUGGGUUAGAAAAGAUGAAAGUCCUGCAACAGAGGUUCGACGACAGCAAUACGAGAAGAAAACCAUGUUUAUUAUUUCUUUUAUGUCUACUGGCCCAUUAGUUGUUAAUGAAUUACCAUCUGGCAUGUCAAUUGAUGCUGUUUAUUAUCGUGAUGAAUGUUUAAAAAAGUUAAUCUCAAAAUUACGAAAGAAAAGACCGUUAUCAUUAACAAAAGGCAUUAAGCUGCAUCAUGAUAAUGCUCGUCCACAUAUGAAUAAUAUUAUUUUUGAUCAUGUUCAACAACACAAAAUGCAAAUUAUGGUCCAUCCACCUUAUUCGCCUGACCUUGCUCUUUGUGAUUUCUGGCUCUUCGGCUAUCUAAAACGUAAUCUCGAUACAUAUCCAGAUUCUACAAGUUUGGCUACAGCACUAACCAAGGAGCUCAACUCAAUACCUGUUUAUGAAUAUCAAAAGACCUUUCAGAAAUGGAUCCAAAGGAUGAAACUUUGUAUCGAACAUCGUGGGGACUACUUCGAACAUUUGAUUUACAACGUAUUGUUACCGAGUAAUGAUCAUCUGGACGAGAUUUACUACCGCAUAUACAUGACCUGUCGCAAGUGGAUUCGAUCUUCAUCUUUUUCGGUAACAAAGAGUAUCAUGAGCAGUGGGCAAAACAGUGGUCCAAAAUCAAAGGACUUUUCACCGCUUGAGCAGCUUCACAGUGUACCGUGA